UUAAUAUAUAAACUAAACUGACGCGGAAGUCCCGCCCCUUUUACCCCUCGCUGGCGAGUUGUGCUCCUGUGUCCAGCAAGCACAGAAACAUGCCUCGUAAAAUCGAAGAAAUCAAAGAUUUCCUUCUCACGGCCAGGAGGAAGGAUGCUAAGUCUGUCAAGAUCAAGAAGAACAAGGACAAUGUGAAAUUCAAGGUGCGCUGCAGCCGGUACCUGUACACCCUGGUCAUCACUGACAAGGAGAAGGCUGAGAAGCUGAAGCAGUCACUGCCCCCAGGUCUGGCAGUGAAGGAACUGAAGUGAACAUCGUCUCAGUGUACAGAAAAUGUAUUGUAAUAAAAAUUGCUAAAAAAGGAGAA